CAAGGGAUGAUGACGUUGUCUGAUAAAUUUUUUGACUGAUUUAUUUAUUGUUUUUUUUUACUCUUUUUAGAAGAAAAACGUUAAUAUUUUAAUUGGUGUAUAUUAUAAUUUUUGAAUAUUCGAACUUUAUAUAAUUUAUCUGUUAAAAUACAGAUUAUUUAUCAUGUUGCCGUUAAGCCUAGUUUGGCUUUGUUUCCAGACUUUGAUGUUUUCCAGGGCAGACGAUCUUCCCACUUGCCAUCCGAAAGAUUUCCAUUAUGAUUUUACUGAAUGUGAUCAAUAUGGUGGAAGAUGGAGAGUAUCAGUACCUAAACCAGAUACUUGUGUGGGUGGAGCACCUAAUCCACCAACUAGGAUUAAUGAUUGCACUACAUCAUGUGAUGCUGGAAAUUAUUAUAAUAGAACAAGUUUGGAAUGUUUGCAUUGCCCACCAGGAACAUAUUCUCUAGGAGGAGGGAUCAAAUUUGAUUCUUGGGACAAGUUGCCAACAGGAUUUUACGUCUCUCUAGAAUCAUUUGAGAGUAAUUUUCGAUUUUUUAGAGGAAAAUCAGGAAGAAACAAUGCAAAUUGUUCAGAAUAUGGCUGGAAACCAAAAGGAUCUUAUAUUGCUUCCUAUGGAGGUUUAUGUGCAGCAACAUUAUCCUAUUCAGUUAAGCUUGUAAAACCUGGAGCUGUAAUUUAUGUUUAUCAGUUUACAGAUGACUCUGUUAUCUUCAAUUUUGAGGUACAAAAUGAUCAAUGUCAAACUGUAGCUGAAGCAAAGAAAUAUAAAUGGCCACCAUCAACAGAAGAAGGCGAAUGGAAAAUAAUGACAGUAAGUUUUUAAAUUAAUGUUUCAAUU